AUGACACAGACACAGCAUCGCCUCCAGUCGACGGUCCCACUAUCAGUCAUGAACGCAGGAAAGGUAGGGGUCCCGUUUGGAUUUUGGGUUUAGACUCAGCUGGAUGGGUUGAGGUUGGGAGGUAAGGUUCUAUUGGGACUGGUGGGAUUGGGGUUUCUGUUGAAGAGCAACGAUGUGAACGUUAGUGUGUGUGGACUGUAUGGGUGGGGUGUGUGUGUUUUUGACAUUGCAUGAAGAUCAACAAACCACAAACUGAACUGAACAAUGGGGACUCGGGGAGCCAAGAGAGUGACACGCAACGUGUGUAUUUAAUGGGGUGUGUCUUGGAGCAGGUUAGUCAGGUGAAACAGAAUGUACCGUCGUCGAGGAGAGCCCCUCGGGGUGCUAUGUGGACAGUAUUAUAGGAUGGUUAGGGGGCUGUUGGUGGAUGCUAUGGGAGCGAGACAAAGGUGGGGGAGGAGGGGGGAGUCAGUCUGUUGUUUGUGGAAAAUGUGGUCUGCUCAGGUGUGAGUGGUACGGUGGAAAAGGAGAGGGGGUUAGGUGAGAGCCAGGGGAACAGGAGAGGAGAGCCCUUGGUGUUAUAAAUAAACCUCAUCAUAUGGAUACAUAGACAGUAUAGACUUCUAUAGACCUGGUAACCUACCUAGAAAGUAGUCUAUGGACCUUGGGAGUCAGUGGCCUGAGAUUAGUCAAAUGGAGUAAGACACAACCUUCUGUUGUAGGCCUAAAUGCUCUCUCUGUCUCACUCUCUCUGUCUCACACUCUCUGUUGUAGGCCUAAAUGCUCUCUCUGUCUCACUCUCUCUGUUGUAGGCCUAAAUGCUCUCUCUGUUUCACUCUCUCUGUUGUAGGCCUAAAUACUCUCUCUGUUGUAGGCCUAAAUGCUCUCUCUGUUUCACUCUCUCUGUUGUAGGCCUAAAUGCUCUCUCUGUUUCACUCUCUCUGUUGUAGGCCUAAAUGCUCUCUCUGUCUCACACUCUCUGUUGUAGGCCUAAAUGCUCUCUCUGGUCUCACUCUCUCGUUCCUAUCUCUCUCUGUUCACUCUCUCUUGUGCUAUGUCCUCUGUUCACUCUCUCUUUUGCUUCUCUCUGUCCUCUCUCUUUGUCCUGCUCUCUGUCUCACUUCUCUCGUCCUAAGCUCUCUCUUUCCUCUUUUUACAAUCUCUCUCUGUCUCACACUCUCUUCCUCCUUUCACCUCCCCUGUUGAGGCUAAUGCUCCUCUGUUCAGCCUGGAGUGCUAAUGCUUCUUGUAUACCUCGUGAGGUAAAUGCUCCUCACUCUCUUGUGCUAAAUCUCUCCCACCUCCUGUGUACUAUCUAGCCUCUUGUUUUCACCUCCUGUUAACCCCUUUCUUUUCAUGUUUUCUUCAUUUGUAGGUAAAUGCUUUCUGGUCCACACCACACUGUUAGGUAAUUCGUGGCAACUCCUGACUUGAGACCUAUGCCAUAUACUUGUUUCACUCUUGCGUUGUAGCUAAAAGCCUUCUCACACCUUGUGCUAUGUCGCGUUCCUACUCUGGUUGUCAAAUCCUCCUCUCUCUCUUUGUAGCCUAAUUCUCUCUCACCUACUCUCUCUGUUUCACUCUCUCUGUGUCUCCUAAACUCUUCUCUUUCACUCCUCUCGUUCACUCUCUUUACAACUCUCUCUGUCUCACACAUCUCUCUGUCCCUCACACUCUGUCUCACCCUCGUCCACACUCUCUGUCUCCACACUCUCUGUCUCACACUCUCUGUCUCACUCUCUGUUCACUCUCCUCUGCCUCUUUUCACACUCUCUGUCAUCACCUCUUGCUCAACUGUCUCACACUCUCUGUUUACCUCCUGUCUCACUCCUCUUCCUCCAUUAAACCUCCCUGGAGGGCAUGUGUGAAAGGAAGGACAGGAGAGUGGGUGAUGAGGUGGUGAAAAGAAGGGAGGAGAAGAACAAGCUUCUGUUAUCCUCACACAAACACUUCUAGACACGUCUUGUUUUACCCAACAUUAACCCUUCUCUAUGUAAAAGUUUGUUUCAGGAAAUACCACACACACACUGUUAAGGUUAGAUUCAGUGGGCAUAAUCCUGACUUGAACUAUACCCAUAUAACUUGAAUCUUCCUUUGACGAUGUGACAUACGUAAAAGCUCUAACACCUUGUGUAUGUCGAUGUCGUCCUAAGUCUGGAUUUGGCCCAGUACAGUCUGACUCCUCUCUUUCACCUUCCUCAUUCUAUCUCUUCCUCUCCUUCGUCUCUCUCUCUAUUUUUAAUCAAGGAGCUAAUACUAUCAAACUCUCUGUCACACACACACACACUCUCUCUCUCUGGCACCCCCUUCUCCUCUACCCCUUCUGAUCCUCCAAGUUGUCCCCCCUUUCCACCCCCUCUGCCAAAAUCACUUUUUCCUGAUGUCAUAAUCUGGGGUUGAGGGGGUGGAUGUUCGAGGAAGAGGGGAGGAGUGAUGGGGAGAGGGGAGCAGUGAUUGAGUGGCGCAGUGGUCUAAGGCACUGCAUCGCAGUGCUAACUGUGCCACUAGAGAUCCUGGUUCGAAUCCAGGCUCUGUCGCAGCCGGCCGCGACCGGGAGACUCAUGGGCGGCGCACAAUUGGCCCAGCGUCGUCCAGGGUAGGGGAGGGAAUGGCCGGCAGGGAUGUAGCUCAGUUGGUAGAGCAUGGCGUUUGCAACGCCAGGGUUGUGGGUUCGAUUCCCACGGGGGGCCAGUAUAAAAAAAUAUGUAUUCACUAAACUGUAAGUUGCUCUGGAUAAGAGCGUCUGCUAAAUGACAAAAAAUGUUUAAAAAAAAGUAAAACAAAUUGAAGGAGGGAUAGCACUAAGCUCUUGUUUAAUAUGGUCCCUCACGUGAAGGAGAGCUCCUUGUGUAAGUCACGCUAGUAAUGAAAGGCUACAGUACCAACCAAAAUAUCUCUGCACCGUGACUGCAUUAACUAACACAGUUUUACUUGUCAAAGGGCGCGUGCAUGCACUGAGGUAUUCUAGGUAUUUGUGCAUUUGUUUCCUGGUAUCAAAAGCAAUGAAAUGUGAUCUAUAUCAAAAGCAUACACAAUAUUGUGAUGAUGUCACCACACCAGAAGAAAUGUUAAACAUUUUUCUCUGAUUCUUAUUUUUUUCCAUGUUAAAAAAUACAUCCGUGGCCACCGAAUGAGUUUGACUCAGCCUGAACUUCAAUAUCUGUGUUAUUCUAACCAACUGUUCCCUCCUGCAGGUGGCGAUGUCUCCAGGAGAGGACGGUCUGAUCGGGAUCCCCUUCCCAGAGCACAGCAGCGAGCUCCUGUUCCGCCUCAACGCCCAGCGCAGGGCGGGGCAACUCUGUGACCUCACCCUGACCUCGCGGGGCGCCCGCUACCCCACCCACCGCUCUGUCAUGGCUGCCGUCAGCCUCUACUUCCGCGGGCUGUUUGGGGCGGAGGAGGGGGCCGAGGCGGGGGGAGGAGGAGGGUUCAGUGUAUGCCAGCUGGACUGUGUAACGCCCGAUGCCCUGGAUGCCCUGCUGGAGUUCGCCUACACGGCCACCCUGACCAUCCGCAGCUCUGGCAUGAGAGAUGUGUUGAGAGGGGCUCAGUUACUGGGGAUCCAGUGUGUGGUUGACGCCUGUAGAGACAUACUGGGGGAGACGGCGGGGGAGGUAGAGUGGGAGACGGGGGAGCAGAGGGUACAGGCGGAGAGGGAGAGAGAGGUGGCGAGGGGGAUGAAGAAAGGCUCCCGGAGGAAGAUAGACAGACGGAGAGUCACCAAGGUGGAGUCGUCACACCACCAGCCACUGCCUCAUCGCCCGAAUGUCAACACACACCAGCACCCCUCCACUCCUCCUCCACACCCCUCACCUGUUCAAGAUGGGGCCCGCUCUCAACCCUCCACCCGACCCCCCAGCCCUGAGCAGGAAGAGCACCCCUCCACCACGGGACAGAACGGGGAUCGGAAGCAGGGCAGGGGUGCAGGUAGAGGGAGUACAGCAGUCAACGGAGAGGUGCACUGGCCUCAGGAGCGCCUCCUCGCCCCCCACCCCCCUCUCCCUCUCUCAGACGACAGACUGUCAGAAGACGAGGAGGAGAUGGAGGGAGUAGGGAACGGAGGGGUGCCCAGCUUUACUUCCGCCCCCCUGGCAGAGCAAGGGGGGGCCACGGGGCCAGGAGGAGGGGGUAGGAAGAGGAAGUCUCAGACCCCCUCAGCAGUGUCCUGUCUGUCAGAAGAUCAUCCACGGAGCGGGGAAGCUGCCCAGACACAUGAGAACACACACCGGGGAGAAACCAUUCGAGUGCUCUACCUGCGGGGUCCGCUUCACCAGGUACGUACGUUGUAUUUUAAUACUAUUAACUAUAACAGAUUACAGGGCUAGCAAUGUCCUACAUGUGAUGCUAAACCCUUAUCCUCUUUCCUGUUUCCCUCUGUUCUCACCUGUUUCUCUCUGUCUCCUCUCUCUCUCUCUCUCUCUCUCUCUCUCUCUCUCUCUCUCUCUCUCUCUCUCUCUCUCUCUCUCUCUCUCAGGAAUGACAAGUUGAAGAUCCACAUGCGUAAACACACAGGGGAGCGUCCGUACCCCUGCCCUCACUGCCCCGCCCGCUUCCUGCAUUCCUACGACCUGAAGAACCACCUGUCUCUCCAUAGCGGGGCGCGACCCUUCGAGUGCCCGCUCUGCCACAAGGCCUUCGCCCGCGAGGACCACCUCCAGCGCCACCGCAAGGGCCUCAGCUGCCUGGAGGUCCGUACCCGGGCACGACCAAGGCGCGGGUCUGGGGCUGACCACGGGGAGGAGGGCAGAAGGGCUAGAGGAGGAGGAGGAGGAGGAAGAGGGCAUUCUCCAGACCAGCUCGACCCUCUGGAGAAUCUGGCCCUGCAGCCCCACGCCUCAGCAUUCCACCCCCGUGCUGGGAUGGUGGGCCUGGGGGAUGAGGCUGGGGUUGGGGCUGGGGCUGGAGGUCAAAUGGUGUUCCAGAAGGAGGCUGACAGGGAGCGAGCUUUAGCCCUCUUAGGGCCUCACAGGCUGCCCUACACUGGUCUGCUGUGGAGAAGCCUGGAGCUGGGGGCGAGGGGGGUGGAAGGGGAGGAGGCAGGCGGGGGCCACUCUCCUGCACUUCAGCAUGCAAGAUGGGAGGAGGCAGGCGGGGGCCACUCUCCUGCACUUCAGCAUGCAAGAUGGGAGGAGGAGGCAGAGGAGGAGGCAGAGGAGGAAAUGGCAGAAGAAGAUGAGGAAGACGAGUGAGAAGAGAAGAAGAGAAGAGAGUGCAUGUGUGUGUGUGCGCGUAUGUGCAUUUGUAUAUGCAUAAGUGUGUGUGUGCGUUUGUGUGUGUGUGGCACCCACAGUAAGGAUGGGGAUCUCACUCAGGUGACUGGACCUGCUCCUUCUUACAAAGCGCUUAGAGAAAGACUAAACAAUCCCAAAAAAAUAAUGGAAAACGGGUUUUCUUAUUUCUUACUGUUGUUUCAUGGCUCUCUGUUUUUAUUUCAGUUGUCUCGAGUUCUGUUUCUAGUUGUCUUAAUUUACUGUAUUUCAUGUUUGAGCUAUUUUAUUUCAUGCUCUGGUUAUUCUUAUUUGCUGUACAUAAAAAUAGGCUUUAUUGAGGGAAUGUUUUGCGCAUAUAUGUACUGAUGGGGAUAUGGGGUGAUUUUCUCUCACUAUGCAAACUGAAAUCUACAGCUGAGAAAAAUAAGGUGUCCAAAUGUAAAAAAAAUAACAACAAAAAAUGAUUCAACAAAUAAUGUAUUUUUGAGCAGAGUGCUGUUAGAGUAAUAUAACAAUCAAAUGUUAUUGAAGUUCAAACAAUGUAUGUACAACAUCCAUCUAGGCCUACUAAACCCUAUCACUCUUCAUGUCAUUAUAGUAGCACUCUCAGCAGGGUCGUAAGAAACCGGGAGCAUCCGGUUUUCAGUGGAAAAGCAGAGAAGACACAAAGCCAUGAAAACCGGUAGCUUCCGGUUUCUUCCGACCCGCUCAGGCAUUUGUUUUACGCCUGCUAAAUUAGGUAAAUAUAGUAGUAGGUGUAGAAUCUGCUGUUCCACUUUGGGUGUAAUGUACUACCCUCUAGUGGUUAUUGGUGGAGCUAGUCUCCAAUGGCAACAAGUCACACAGGUUUCCUAUUGAAGAUAGCCAUUAUCUAACCGUAGUGGUCUUAUUUUAAGGCUUAUUAUUUUGCUGUCCGUUGUAAGUAGAUUUUCAUGCCCUUCUUUUUAUAAGGCACUGAUGAUACCAAAGAUUUCAAUUUAUUUCUUCCUAAUCAAUCAGUUCGAUCAAGCACAGGAGCACCAGAGCUAUAGAUUGAGAUCCCAAUGGGCACACACUGGUUGAAUCAUUGUUGUUUCCACGUCAUUUCAAUUAAAUUACAUGAAACCAACGUGGAAUAGAUGUUGAAUUGAUGUCUGUGCCCAGUGGGAUGGCUCUAAGAGGGAUCCUGGGAUUUUAGAGCCAAGGUUUGGUUCAAAGACCUGUCUUGAUUUGCCCGGUUCUCCGCUGCAGAGUGAUAGAAGGGUUGAAGACUGCUUCCAUAGGUUAGAUUCUCUGUGGAGCUCUAGUGCACUGUGAAAAAUGCCUGACCAAAACUAGACUACGUUUGCAGGGUUAUUGGAUGAUUGUUAAUGAGAGGUGUGUGUUUGUUGCUUUAGCGUUUACUUUUUGACAUUGACGGGGGACCAUUCCUUUCCAAAGUCUCCUUCUUUAGAACGUCUUCUGAUCAUGCACUCCUUGUUUUUUGUUGAUUGCAAAAAGAGUGAGAGAAAAGGAGAGACCAAGAGGGAAGGAGGGAGUGAGGGAGAGACCUUGAUCUCUUGAUCGCUCUGUAUUUAUUUAUUUAUUGUUAUUUAUUGUGGCUUUCCAGUUGAAACUGUGUGUGUGUGUGACCUGACCCAAGGUAUCCACAGUGACCUGACCCAGGGUAUCCACAGUGACCUGACCCAGGGUAUCCACAGUGACCUGACCCAGGGUAUCCACAGUGAUCCGACCCAG